AUGGAAGCAAUGCUGCGAACGUUCUUUUCCUCCCCCCGUUUCGCUGUCGCAGGGGCAAGCUCCGACCCUAACAAGUAUGGACACAAAGUUUUUGCCUGGUAUCUCACGCAUUCCUUACCAGUAACGCCCUUAAACCCUCGGUCUCCGAUUAUCUCCGUGCUCUCGAAGGCGCAUACGACAACAGCAUCGCCAUUUGCUUUGCCUGACCCCCCGUCUUACUCCAUGUCUGUUAUCACGCCCCCUGCUGUAACUAAGCAACUGUUGAAGGAGGCAAAGGAUGCCGGUAUCCUGGCUGUCUGGCUUCAGCCCGGGAGCUUUGAUAAGGAGGUCUUAGAGUAUGCCAGGAAGGAGUUUAGGGUAGCCAUUGCGGGUGAAGGUGGACGCGGUGGAGAAGGCUGGUGUGUGUUAGUUGACGGAGAACAGGGGCUUAAAAUCGCUGGGAGAGAGUGGAAUAAAUUGUGA